CGUCACUUUGUAGCGUACGAAUCUCCCGACGACCGCACGCGUCGCGCGACGCCUCCGAUGUACGAGUACAUACUAUAAUAAAAAACACGAUAAAACAUUUAAAUAAUUCGGUGAUUAUAUUAAGUUAAGUGGUUGAUGCUGAUUUAAAUUUUUUUCAUCCGGAACGAGAACGAUUUAAUUAAGAUUCCAGCCAAAGAAUUAUGUUCUGGUCGAUAAGAGUAUUAAGGUUCACUUGUACUAUGAUAGGUGUUAUUAAAAAACAUAAAAAUAUAGCAUCAUAGUUCAUUGACAACCGAAACAUGUCGGACAACAGGUUCACAGUUUCGACAGUUGAGUCGGAAUGUAAAAAGAAUGGAAUUCACAUGGGUGCCAGUAUUAUUGGGAGGCCGCUACGGACCUCUUUGGAGACGGUGGAACGAGGGGAUCCCAACUCACAGUCUGAUACAUGGCUACACGAUGCAGGCUGGAGGAGAAAGCGAUCGUUGGCUCAGCUCACACGAGAAGCCUUACCAAGAAUGGAGAACUAUAGGAACUCCAAGCGAGCUCUAAAGAGACCAAGCUUGGGGGAACUACAUGGAGAUCAUCUGAUAACCGAAGAGGACGAGAAACAAUGUCAAAGGGAAACAAAAUCACCGACGCCGGCACACGGGAUCAAAUUAGGAUGGAUUCAAGGCGUGUUGAUACCAUGCCUGCUGAACAUCUGGGGUGUUAUGUUGUUUCUGCGUAUAUCGUGGGUGGUGUCGCAGGCUGGUAUUGGCCUCACCCUUAUAAUCAUCGCCAUAUCAGCGAUCGUGUGCGUCAUAACCACCCUCUCCAUGAGCGCCAUAUGCACCAACGGGGAGGUGAAAGGAGGUGGUAUAUACUAUAUUAUAUCAAGAUCUUUGGGUCCUGAAUUCGGUGCCUCUGUUGGCAUUAUAUUCGCGUUCGCCAAUGCAGUAGCUGCGAGCAUGAACACAAUAGGAUUCUGCGACUCUCUCAACGACCUGCUCAGAAUACAGGGGGUCAAAAUUAUUGACAAUGGAGUCAAUGAUGUCAGAAUAGUUGGGGCUGUAGCGUUGGUUGUGAUGUGUAUAAUCUGCGCAGUCGGCAUGGACUGGGAAAGUAAGGCACAGAAUUUUCUGAUCGCCAUUAUUGUUGGAGCGAUGGUGGACUUCAUAGUAGGGACUCUGAUGGGCCCCAAUGACGCGAGCGAUGUUGCUCACGGCUUCGUAGGGUUGUCAGCGACAACCCUCUCGGAGAACUUCAAUUCAGACUUUCGGUUCAGUGAGGGUCUUCACCAGGACUUCUUUAGCGUCUUCGCAAUAUUCUUUCCUUCCGUCACCGGUAUCCAGGCCGGUGCUAACAUCUCCGGAGAUUUGAAGGAUCCAGCUUCCGCGAUUCCCAAAGGCACGCUUCUGGCGCUACUAAUAUCCAUGGUGAGUUACGCGCUCAUGGUGUUGUUUUCUGGUGGCGGAGCCCUGAGGGACGCGUCAGGGAACGUCUCCGAUCUCAUCAUGGCCAAUGGAACUGUUGUCAACUACACCGGGAUAUCGAAUUGCGUAAAUAGCUUACACGGCUGCGGUUAUGGCCUCCACAAUAGUUAUUCCGUGAUGCAAUUGAUGUCAGCCUGGGGACCUCUUAUUUACGGUGGUUGCUGGGCGGCGACUUUAUCGACCGCUCUGACAAACCUUCUAUCAGUCCCUCGACUGAUCCAAGCGCUCGGAGUCGACCGCAUCUACCCCGGACUGAUAUUCUUCUCUAAGCCUUACGGCAAACACGGAGAGCCUUACAGAGGAUACGUGCUUACUUUCAUCGUAUCACUGAUGUUCUUGCUUAUAGCUGAUCUCAAUACGAUCGCUCCUCUUAUAUCCAACUUCUACUUGGCGUCAUAUGCUCUCAUCAAUUUCUGCACCUUCCACGCGGCCCUGGUGCGCCCCCUGGGCUGGCGGCCUACAUUCCGGUACUACAACGUGUGGUUAUCAAUGAGCGGUUUCCUAAUGUGUGUAGCCAUCAUGUUUCUCAUAAGUUGGAUUAUGUCCCUCGUCACAUUCGCUGUAUUCUUCACUCUGUACCUCAUAGUACACUAUCGGAAACCCGACGUUAAUUGGGGCAGUAGCACGCAAGCUCAAAUGUACAAAACAGCGUUAUCCAGCGCCCAUAACCUGGCACGGACUGGUGAACAUGUCAAGAACUACUGGCCACAGCUAUUAGUUCUGGCUGGGAGACCUUCUGAUAGACCAGCUUUAGUCGACCUCGGUAAUCUCAUCACAAAAUCUGGCUCGCUCAUGAUGAUUGGUGACAUAUCGCAGAAAAAGUUAAGCUACAAAGAGCGUGUACAUCGCUCGCGGACUGGUGACGAGUGGUUGAGGGGACGGAAGGUCCGCGCGUUCUGUGCCUCUGUGAACGGGUUCAGCUUCGAGUCCGGUGCGAGAGCCUUGAUGCAAGCGGCGGGCGUCGGGAGACUCGCCCCCAACGUGCUGCUCAUGGGAUACAAAGCCGACUGGGCCACCGCGCCGGCCGCUGAUUUAGAGUCUUACUUCAAUGUUCUACAUACUGCAUUUGAGACGCGCCUCGCGGUGGCCAUAGUGCGAGUUGCCGGCGGCUUGGACUACAGUGCUGUAGAGGGUCAGGGGGAGGCACCAGGGGAGGGACAGGGAGAGGGAGCCGCUCUCACCGCCACCUCCAGUGGAAGCGGAGACCUCAGGAUAAAGAGACCACAAGCCCAGAUAAUGCACGCGGACUCAGAUCUCGAUAUACGAUCGACGGCAACCACUGGAUCCCAACCUUCCAGCAGACAUAAUCUUAACCUAUUGACACUGACAACAUCGCGUUCAUUCACGAUAUCAGAGAAAAGUGACAGCAAGGAAAAGAAGAAGGACAAGAAACUAUUUGACAUUCAGCGACAAAUCAUUUACAAGUCAUCGUCUGGCGUGGAAGUGUCCAUGGAACAGUUGUCACAGAUGACGUUGUUCAAGAGGAAGCAGGAGUCUGGCACUUUGGAUGUGUGGUGGUUGUAUGAUGACGGUGGCCUCACCAUUCUUCUGCCGUACAUCGUGUCCCAGCGAGCCUCGUGGCAGAGGUGCAAGUUGAGGAUCUUCGCCCUCGCCAACAGGAGACACGAGAUGGAACUGGAGGAACGGAAUAUGGCCAAUCUGUUAGCGAAGUUCCGUAUAGACUACUCGUCGCUGACCAUGGUGCAGGACAUCAUGGAACCUCCGCAGGCGGAAACCAAGAAACUCUUUGAAGAAAUCAUAAAAGGUUUCACAGACGGCAAAGGAGAGUGCAGUAUCGCUCAGUCGGAGCUAGCAACCCUGUGUGAGAAGACCCACCGUCAACUGCGACUCCGAGAGCUCCUCCUCGCGAACUCCUCGAACGCCCAGCUGGUUGUGAUGUCCCUACCCAUGCCUAGAAAGGGUUCCGUAUCAGCUCCGCUGUACAUGGCCUGGUUAGAGGUGAUGAGUCGCGACCUCCCGCCCAUGUUGUUCGUGAGAGGCAACCAGACCUCCGUGCUCACUUUCUAUUCAUAGACAUCAAGACAAAGUUCGGAAACGAAAACGGAAAAAACAGUUCGGAAACUUCAACAUUACAUGCGGAUAAAAGUCGACUCAGAUUUUUUUACUAUUAUAAAUUAUUUAUGUUAGAUUAUUGUUUAGCAAUAAUAUAUUUAUAUCUUUUAUAUAUUUUUUUUAUUAACAAAUUGUCUUUAAUGAACUUUUAUUUUUUUUAAUCCUUUACAGCAUUUUAUUUAUACUGUGUUGUUUCUGAACCACCAUAUUUUUUUAUUACAUAAUUUUUAAUAUUUUAAGUGAACAGAGCUACUUUGUAACGAUAAGCAGCAUGCGAUUAAUAUUAAAUAAAACAAGUAAGUAGUCACAAAUCGUAAAACAUACAAUGUGUUUUUUAAUUUUAACGUUUCAAGACGAUUUACAUAUGUGACUUAUUACUGGUUAGACGAUAAGUAAAUUUUGUAAGAAACGUAGUGAAUAUUGUAUGUUAUAAGCGACUUUGCUUUGUGAUGUAUUGUAUUGUAUACUUUGUAAAACAAAGUUAUCUCUAAGUACAACUAUCGAGCAAAACAAACCAAAUCUUAAGUUUACUUAAUUUAAUUUUAAAACAAGAACAUAAUUAUUUUAAGAAUAUCAUUUAAAAUGACUUAACGAAAGCAGCUUUUUAAAUUUUAAUUUGUAUUAGAUAUAUUUAUUUAUAAAUAUUUGUAGAAAAAAGUAUUUAAUUAGUAUUUUUUUUUUGUAUUUUUUAAAUCUAAUCUAGUUAUAAUAAGUUUGUAUUAUACCUACAUAUAAUAAAUUAUAAACCUAAACCUACGUGUUACUUGUUAGUUAGUUUCUAGUUAUUGUGUAUUUUGUCAAUGUUGUAAUAAAUGAAAGACAUUAUUGAGAUAAAUAACACUUUAAUUUUUUUAUC